CUUCAAGAUGGCUUCCCUCUACUCAUAAACAACUUUUUAAAGUUUUAAAUUAAAAUAAGGACAUUUUCUGAGUCUCCCUUGUCCUCUAAUUGCUGUAGGCGUGUGCUUUAUAACUUCAAAUCUGUUACCAUGGCGUCACAAGUAUGCAGUUUAUGUGGAGAGACGGUGACUGGUAAUAUGCAGGUCCAUUUGAUGUCAAAAUGUCAGGGAGGAGACAGGAACAGUGAAGAUGAAGGUUCUUCUUCUCUUUCUCCCCCUCCCUCUCUCUCCUCUUCAAAAACUGUCAACGUCAGGUUUCUCUUCAAACCACUGACUAACCUCAGCUUCAAGACAGUGACACUAUUGAGCUCCUUCAGUAUUGAUCUAAUAUCCAAUGGGAUGACCUAUACUUCAGACUACACUCAAUUACCAGUCGGUGAUUAUGAUGGCCAGCUGAUCAUUGGGUCCAGUGUCUGCUAUGCAGUGAAGAAGUUUGUGAUUGAUACUAGCGGAGAGACGAUACCACUGGAACUGGACCUGAAACAAAUGGACACUGAUGAGAAAUCCAGUGGUUCUUAUACUACUGAGGGUAGUACUAUACCAGUGACAGACCAGACCAUAUCAAUGACUUUCAACCCCUCCUACACCACUGCUGUCUGUAACAAUCCUUUUUGUAAAGUCCACGGGAAAGCUCGAGGCUACACCAACGCAUACACGUACGAUAGCUAUGGCAACGGUGUCUAUGACGACGGUAGCUAUGGCGACGAGGUCUACGAAGGGGAGGGAGGUCAAAGAAAGGUUCUUCUAGUUUAUUAUAAAUAUGGAGAGGGAGAAGAAGGUUUGUAUCCUGCCACUACUGAUUAUCAAACAGCCACUCCCACUAGUUAUAAAUCUGCUCCUCCCACUAGUUAUAAGCCUCUUCCUGGAAAGCAAAGAGUAACGUCUAAUUCUCCUCCAACUUCGGAUGGCGAAACCACGCCCACUAAAUCCACUGCUGAAUCAGAGGAUGUGUCUCCUGUGAAAAGAAAACAAGAAAAACAUCAGAGGUCAGAAUCACCUCCUCCUUCACAUUCUCCUCCUCCUCCUCUCUCUCCUGCCACCACCCCUCCUCCUUCUCCUCCUCCUUCCUCUCCUCCCCCUCCCCUUCCCACGGCAUCAAAAACUCCGUCUUCAUCAAGAACUCAGCCUGCAUCAAGAACUCAGUCUUCAUUGAUUAAUAAUCCAAAACCUUCUCCUCCUCCUCCUCCUGUUAGUACUACUCCUCCAGUUCAUGAGGUAACUGGUUUGUCUGCUAAUAAAACCAGUUCAACCGGUUAUACUAGUUCUCCGCCCACUCAUUCUAACGAACCCACUACUGGUUUUCAUGUUGCCGAUAUCAAAAGUCCUGCCGAAGAUGUGUCUGCUCUCAAAGAAGAGAAUAAGAGACUGAAAGAGAAUAUGGAGAGGGCCAAAGCUUUAUGGGAGGGACAGAGAAGGAGAUUGGAACAAAGACUAGCUCAACUUGGAGGAGGAGGAGGAGCUAAAUCAACCAGUGUAAGUGAUGGGUGGGGCUAG